AUGGCCGAUUCUAGCACCGCAUCGACCCCAGUCACACCCGGCUUCCCGGUAUCUCCUGGAUUGGAUGUACCUCGCCCCCCUUCCAUAGGCGGUAUCUCCUCGCGCAUGACCGACAUUGCUUCUGAAGAUGGAGAUCGGUCGAUGUCCUCGCGCGCGCCGACUUCGGUCCAGCCACCGCAGUCUCGACGAGGCCCACCACCAGCAGCGCGAUUAUCAACCGGGAAUUCAAAUUCGCUUCGUCCAGGCAGCUCGUCCAGUCGCAUGAGUCGACUAAGCAGAACGCAUGUCCCUUCGUUCACUCCGCAGGCGUUCUUUCGGCCCAUGAGCUCGCAAAGACUACAGGCACAUCGUCGUCCAAGUCAGGUACCCCAAGAGGCAUACACAGAAACGACAGAAACCAUUGAGGAUGAGAACGGCCUUAAUCGAAGAAGCUUGAUAUCGAACAGUACGGUGCAUCUCGGCGCUCACGCAAACGACUUGGAAGUCCCUCCUUCUCGUGGUACGGAAUUCACCGAUCCUAUCAUUUCUGACCGGAACACCUCCAACGCGAGCCCGACGGGGAACACAACUAUUAGAAGCUUGGGAGAAAGUGUUAAAUUAUUACACGAACGAGAGAAGAAGUCUGUGCCAGAGCGACUCAACAUAAGCAGGACUGUCCAAACGGGGUCCUUGCACGAUCCUCCGCAAAAAUCACCACUGUCAUUCCGAUCCGACUUUUUGUCCAUUCGAAAUAAAAACGAGGAUCCCCAGCGUCCGGCCAGCAGAGGUCACGAAAGGUUAUCGUCGGUAACAUCUUCCUCUCCGCGCUCAAUGAAGGAUCAGAAAGCAUCGGCACCGCCUGCAAAUCUCGGCAAGAAUUAUGAAUAUUUUACAGGCAACACAGUUUUCUGGGGUAGUGGCAGGUUUCAGAACUCCCGUGAUAAGCCAGUCAACAUAGCGACAGGACUUUUGAUUGUUCUUCCCGUCGCAUUGUUUCUUGCAUACUCAGCACCGUGGUUAUGGCACAAUGUGUCGCCGGCAAUCCCAAUCAUUUUCGCCUAUAUAUUUUAUGUCUGCUUCUCCUCUUUCGUACACGCCUCUGUCGUGGACCCCGGGAUCGUUCCGAGAAAUCUACAUCCAUUGCCUACGACUGAUCCGUCUUCUGAUCCACUUGCACUGGGUCCAUCAACGACCGAUUGGGUCAUGACGAAGCUGGCUACGUCCGAAGUUGACGCCAUGGUGGUCCCAGUCAAAUACUGCAAGACCUGCAAUAUAUGGCGUCCACCACGAUGCUAUCAUUGCCGAGUGUGUGACAACUGUGUCGAAACUCUAGAUCAUCACUGCGUGUGGCUCAAUAAUUGUGUUGGCCGUCGUAAUUAUCGAUACUUCUUUGGUUUUGUCAGCUCUGCCACGAUUCUUGCCUUGUUCCUUCUCGGAGCUUCCUUGGCACAUGUGCUUCUUUAUCAACAGCGCGAACACAUUUCAUUUGGGGAGUCAAUUAACAAAUGGCGAGUUCCAUUCGCAAUGGUUAUCUACGGGGCUCUUGCUUUUCCGUACCCUGCGGCACUUUGGUUCUAUCAUCUCUGGCUCGUGGGCCGCGGCGAAACCACACGUGAAUAUCUCAACUCCCACAAAUUCGCCAAAGCAGAUCGUCUUCGACCUUUCAGUCAGGGAAAUGUAUUGCGAAACUGGAUUGCAGUACUCACAAGACCCCGACCACCGACAUAUCUUCAAUUCAAGAAACCGUACCAGCAAGGUGAUCAGCGCUUCGCAACGCAGAAGCGCAAGUACUUGACAGCGAAAGAUGUCGAAGCUCAAGCUGGUCUGGAGUUGCAAGCUGUUGUUGGACGAAACACCAAUACUGGUUCAUCAUAUCAACCUGAUAUGCGGGAAAGCAAUAGCAGAUCUUGA